AUGAUGUAAUAGAGAGAAGGAGGAUCUUCAGAAUGGCAGAAAUUCUUAGAUUACACAAGGAAUGCAAAUCCACUUGAUUAUGAGAAGAUUGGCUAAUAUGUCAAAAUAAAAUUAACUAAGUUUCCUACAGAUGAUUUCUUAAUUGAUUAUUAUGAAAAUGUAUUUUCAAAGUAAAUGAUAAUUUAAUUGAAAUAUAGUGUGACUAAUUCAAAAAAUAGAAAAAAAUGGCAUUAAAUGGAUAAAUAAUUAUUAAUUUGGUGUGUAGCAAAAUUGCUAUAAGUAUAACAAAGAGCAAAUCUAGUUCCUGUAAAUUUACUGUUUAUUGGUAGAAUGAUAAAGAUUGGGAUAUAAUUUCAGAAGUGUUACAAGUUGAUACAUAAUUAAUAAAACUUAAAUGGAUUUCAUUGUUACAUUCUAAUCUUAGAAUUCAUCAAUGGACAAGAGAGGAAGAUCAAAUUCUAUAAGAUAUAGCAGAGUAAAUCAUAUUUUUAUAAUGUUUAAGAUAAUUUUAUGAUAAAAAUAAUUGGACAGAGUUGACAAUUAAAUUUAAUUCACUUUCUAGAACAUAAAGAUAUCCUAAACAGAUUAGAGAGAGAUGGAAGAAUGUAUUGAAUCCAACUAUCUAAAAAUGUUCAUGGGAUUCAAAAGAAAAAAUGAAUUUAAUAGAAUUAGUGUAUAAAUAUGGAAAAAGAUGGUCAUUAAUAUAACACCAUAUAAAAGGUAGAAGUGAAAACUAAAUUAAGAACUAAUAUAAUGGAAUUAUGAGAAACUUAAAAAAAGAAAAAGUAAAUUUAUGCUUUAUUUAUUAUAGAUUACAAAUGAAGAAGAAAGGGAAUUACUUAUACAUAUUAUAUAAAAUCCAAAUUAAUAAAUAUAAAACUUGAUUGAUGAUUAUUACCUUAAAUUAAUUACAACAAAAGAAACAUAAAAAAAUGGAUUAAUUAGAGAAGAUAUCAAGUUAGAGAAUAAUUUAAGAAUUAAAGAACAAACUUAAAUAUUCGAAUAAGCACCAGAAACUCAAAAAAUAUUAUAAUUUUAAUGUAAACCAUCCAGUAUUUUUAGUUCCAUCUACUUUUCAAAACCAAAUUUAAAUUCUUCCUUAAUUAAACAAUGUCUAUUAAAAUCCUUCAUAUUAACUUCAUCAUCAUAAUUCUUUAGCCUAGUAUCCACUUCCUUUAUAUCAACCAUAUUAAUACAUUUAGUAAUACAAUUUGUAUAAACCAAACUUUUAUUCACAGAACUAUGCUCAUAUAAGGUUUCCUUAUUACAUGUGA